CUGGGCUCAAUCCGCAGGGUGUCGCGACGAGCAGCGCGGCUCACGGAGCUCACCCUGUGGGUCCACUUACCUUAGCAAGCCAAACCAACUGUGCCAGGUGUCAGGGGCAACCUCCAUCACUAAACAGUGGACGCCAGCUGUCAGCAUGAAAUGACGGCUUUUACCCCCUGGCCAAUCGGUGCCUGGCACCCAGUGGCACACCAGGCACGCAUGCCACACAGGCACCCACCCGGGCUGGCCCCCUGCAAUUGUGACUCGGGGGGUCAUGUCGAAAACAAAAUAAAGUGACUUUGUUUAACCCCUCCCCCACCAUAAACAUCCCCGACAGACACUCAUUUUGCGCAUUCGCUGCCACCUUGCUCCCAGCUUUUUUCAACACUCCUUGAUUAUCAACAAAUUCCAUCAUGGCGACCACGCGCAAGCUGUUCUCUCUUGAGGGAAAGGGCCUCAAGCUCGAUACUGGUGCCGACCUCGAGCCCCACAUCGCCGAGUUGCGCUCGACCGAUGUCGAGGAGGUCAGGUUCCUGGGAAACACCCUGGGAGUCGGUGCUUGCAAGCUCCUUGGUGAGGUCCUGGCCACCAAGAAGAACCUCCAGUCCGCCGACCUCUCCGACAUCUUCACCGGCCGUCUCCUGAGCGAAAUCCCCGAGGCCCUGUCCUCCCUCCUCACUUCCAUUCUCAACCUUCCUAAGCUCACGACGAUCAACUUGAACGACAAUGCCUUUGGUAUCAACACUCAGGCCCCGGUCGUCGCUUUCCUGGCUGCCCACGUGCCCCUCCAGCACCUUUACCUAAACAACAACGGUCUCGGCCCCCAUGCUGGUAUUCUGGUGGCGGAUGCGCUUUCUGAGCUGCACGCCAAGAAGGAGGCGGCGAGAAAGGAAGGAAAGGAGGUUCCGUACCUGGAGACUGUCAUUUGCGGUCGCAACCGUUUGGAGAACGGCAGUAUGCAGGCCUGGGCCAAGGCCUACAGCCUUCACAACAAGAUCAAGGAGAUCAGGAUGAUCCAGAACGGCAUUCGCCAGGAGGGUAUCAGCCACCUUAUUAGCGAGGGUUUGAACACUGCGACCGAACUGCGCAUCCUCGAUCUUCAGGAUAACACCUUCACCAUCAACGGUGCCAAGGCCCUCGCCGGUGUGCUUCCCAACUUGACGAACCUGCAAGAGCUCGGCCUCAACGAUGCCUACCUCACGCCCAAGGGCACCAAGGCUGUCGCCAAGUCUCUUGCUAAGGGAAAGCAGGACAAGUUGGAGAUCCUUCGCUUGGCUUUCAACGAUAUUACCCCCACGGCACUGGAGAGUAUCGCCAGCGUCGUCACCAAGUCUCUGCCUGCGUUGAAGAAGGUUGAGCUGAACGGCAACAAGGUUGAGGAGGAGGAUUCCUCCAUCAUCUCCAUCCGCGAAUUCCUCGAGGACCGCAAGGAGAAGAUUGGUGGCGAUAUUGUUGACGAGGACGCCUGGGGACUCGACAGCCUGAGCGAUCUCGAGGGAGAGGACUCUGACGAGGAGGAAGAAGAGGAAUCCGAGGAAGAGGAGUUGGAUGCCGAGAAGGAGGCCGAGAUCCUCACCAAGGAGGCCGAGGAGGCCCAAGAGGAGCCCACGGUCCAGCUCAAGGACAAGGAGGUGGACGAUCUGGCGCAGAAGCUGGCCAAGACGGAGAUUUAAGAGAUGUAUGGAUCGUUUUCUUUGGUUUAUAGGUUUAGAUGAUGGAACGCAAGAGGAAUGCCCCCCCAUAUACAGGAGUGAGGAGACAGAGACGAUACCCCCCCAAAAUUACACUUCAUCCCAAGCAGUCCUUGUCGUUGCUACUACAUGCAUAAGUUUUUUAAUCAGAAGGAGUUGGACUACGUACGGAUGCAAGAAAUUGACAUCAUUCCCCGGGUGUUGAGGCCUGCCGUGAUACAAGUGGCAUGUCGUAGGCAGUAUCCGUCACUCCACAAUCACCCCACGAAGCCGGCAUCCACGGGGAUGCCAAAUCACAAGAACAAUGAGACGGAAUCGCGUGAGCUUGGAUCGUAGUAUAUAGUAGACAAAAUACUGUAGUAUCCUGCCGGACUUUGCAGCUAGGGUAAUAAAACAAA